AUGAUCUCACCAAAAUACGCUUUGACCCAUUACUGGCGCUCUGCGCAAGCCAUCAACAAAGCGGCUCCUCAUGUGGUCAAUUUGUACUUGGACUACAACUGCCCUUUUUCAGGAAAGUUGUACAAGAAGCUCCUCGAUGUGAUUCCUGUUCUCGAUAAAAAGUAUCCUGGCAAGUUUCAAUUUGUGUUUGUCAAUGUCGUGCAGCCAUGGCAUCCCAGCUCGCUGCUCUUGCACGAGUAUUCUGUAGUUGUGGCCCAAUUGUUGCGGGAAAAGGAAGCAGACAAGUCAAACGAGCUUUUCUGGAACAUCUCAAAGGUGAUUUUUGAGAACAAGGAGGAGUUCUACGACUCGACGACGGCGGAGUUGACGAGGAACCAGAUCUACAAGAAGAUUAACGAUACGGUAUUUGCUGGCGUCAAGGAACUCCCCUUUGGCAAGGACGACGUGAUCAAGAAGUUGGAGAUCCAGCCUUCGAAGUCUGUACUGGAUGCAAACAACGACGGCAACGACGCUACCGCUGACAUCAAGUACUUCACCAAGUACUUGAGAGGCGUGGGGGUCCAUGUGACGCCUACCGUGAGCAUCGACGGCAUUGUCGAGCCUGGAGUGUCGAGCGGGUCGUCUCCUGAAGAGCUAGAGAAGGUUUUCGAGGCCCAUUUGUGA